UAUCAGAAUCAUCUGAAAGACACAGAAAGGACAAAAAUAAGUUGCAUGUGGGAGAUUUGAAGUUUAAAUCUUUCACUGCUAAUUUUAGCUAACUUGUUCUCGGUGCCCAUUUCACAUGCUUGUCUUCCUUCCUCUUUCUCCACACAACUCCAACUAUUUGAGUUAGGCAAUCACCAAAUUUCCUCCUUUUCUUCCGGUUUUUCUCUUCAGUGUGAAAAAUGGUCACACUUACCGGUUCUGUAUUUAAUAAUUUAUACCAUAUAUGAAGAAGUGGCCAUUGUUGCUGAAUCUGUUAUUAAGUCUCUUGAUUUUGCUACAGUCAUGUCUUUCUCCACUUGCUUUUCCCUCUCUCCAUUGGCAUUUAAGGAUAUAAAUCUUCGCGGUACAAUAGGGAAGGGAUUAAAUUUUCCUUUCCCUAUUAGAAGUAAUGGUGCUGAGAUUUGUAACCAACGUAUUGCGCGAAGUAGAGUCAACUUAAGCGGAGACUGGAGUUUCAUUGGAGGGUCCAGAAUUGUUAUGAAACCGAAUGCUUCAAGAUGGGUUCAUUAUCCAAGAAGCAGUCCAAUACAUGCUUCAUGUUUCGUGGGACCUCAACUUGCUAGCACAGUAUUUACAUGGGGAACAGUUGCAGUGCUCCCAUUUUACACACUCAUGGUUCUAGCUCCAAAAUCUGAGCUAACCAAGAAGUCUGUGGAAAGUACUUUACCCUAUGUAGUGCUUGGUGUUCUGUAUGCAUAUUUAUUGUACCUUUCUUGGACACCUGAAACAAUUCGUUUGAUUUUUGCAAGUAAACACUUGCUACCAGAGCUGACUAGUAUAGCAAAAAUGUUCUCUAACGAAUUGACUUUAGCUUCUGCCUGGAUUCACCUCUUGGUUGUUGAUCUUUUUGCUGCAAGGCAUAUUUUCCAAGAUGGACUGCAGAAUCAGGUUGAAACUCGGCAUUCAGUUUCAUUUUGCUUGUUCUUUUGCCCCAUUGGGAUUCUUACCCAUGUCAUCACCAGAGCAUUGAUCAAAACUACAAGAAAAGAGGGUCAUGUUCUAUAGAGGGCACCUGCUAACACACAAGCAAACAAAUAUUUCAUUUGAAGUUUGAGAUUUUGAGAGUGAGUUGAAGUUGCUUAUAACUUCGUCUGUAACUUAUUUUUUCUCUGGUUUUCAAUCCAAACAUUACCUAGUUUGUUCAUUUUUCAACCUCAAGUGUACCUAUUACCAAGGCAGAGAGUCUCUAACACUUCCUCCUUUAAGUUGCAAAGCAAACAUCAAAUCAA